CACCUUUCUUGGUACUCUCGCCGUCCCUUCCGACCCGGACCCAACAUCGCUCUCUGCAUCCGCCCGCUCGCCUCAACCACGCCCUGCAGCCACUCUCGUUCAUACACAGGCAGAGAAUUAAUCCUAAUAAUUAUUGUUCCGCUCGCGACGACUUCCCGAUCGACUCGUCACCCAAGGCCCGUAUCACUCUAGCGUUCCGUUCUCGUAUUCGUGGGUAAGCAUCUCGCGCCUGACACGGCUUCUCGUCCCGUGGAGGGAGGAUACACUUGCCCCGACACGAGCACAAACACCGCACUCGUACACCCGCAUCUGCCAGACACUCGCCACUGUUCUUCAACAUCGCACGACGUUCUUGUAUCAAGUUACUAACUCGGCACCUUUCAGAAAGCAUUGCCUCUUGUUCCACUGCUUGUCGUUCUCAGCUGCUCCAAUUUGAACCUCUCUGCCGCCAGCACCGCAGAUAAUCACCAUCUUCUCUUCUCUUCGGCCUCUUCACCAUGAAGUCCUUCACUCAGCUCGCUGCUAUCGCGGUCUGCAUCGCCACGGCUGCCGCCCAGUACGCCAUUAACCCGAACUCUGUCAACAACGACACUCGACGAGCCUGGUGCACCAGCCAGAUCACUCAAUGUCCUCUCAUCUGCCUGCAGACUCCCGGCAACAGUGCGACCACCCGAUCCAACACUUGUGACUGGCCAAGUCUCACCUACAGCUGUGUCUGCAGCAACGGUGUCAGUCCCAACAUCAGCGAGUACAGCCAGACCAUUCCCUUCUACAUCUGCCAGGAAUGGGGCAACCAGUGUGUCAGCAACUGCGGAUCUGGUAACUCGGCCUGCCAGUCCGACUGUCGCCAGAACCACCCAUGCGGUGCCCAGAACCCCACUCGCCAAAACACAUCGACUCUCACGGGUGUGGCCAAUGUUGCCGCCGCGACGACCGACGCUGCUGGCCAGACUGUCUACGACGGUAUUCUCGGCGCCACGGCUGCUGCGCAGACUGGCACGAAUCGCAACGCGGGCGCUUCUCUGCGUGUUCUGGCUCUUGGCACUGGUCAAACCUUCGGCUCCUUGGCUAUUGUAGGUUUCGUCUUCGGUGCCUUUGCCGUUCUCCUGUAA